AUGACAUCAUUUUUAUUGUCCAAUGUUAGGAUUCCCGUAAAUUUUCUUCUGGCGAACUUGGCAAUCGCAGAUAUCAUGUACGCCUUAUUUUACAUACCAAAGAUCAUUUGGGGUCAUAUCGCAAGUCACCCUGAAGGUCUGGGUGGAAGAAUUUUGUGUGCCCUGUUAACAGAUGCUGCCUUGGCGUGGGUUGGCGGCGCUUCUUCGGUCUUCACUUUGGUUGCCGUCGCCACGGAACGUUACUAUUCUGUCUUGUAUCCACUUGAAAACAAAGCACAUCUUAGCGUGCGCAAACUUAAGGUAUGAUACCAAAUAUAACCAACUUAGAUACAAGAUAGCAACAAAGAUCUCUCAGUGCCCCAUAUUAUUACUGUUUAGUUUUGUCUAAUUUUAUCUAUGGUUUACCCGCAUAUGGAGCGUCUGAACCUGAUCUUCAUAUUAUACAGAACUUUUCAGAUAGAUGUCAUAAGCGCCGUUUUAUUUCGUACCCCGUUUCAAUUAAGGAUCUCUUAAAAAAGCAAGACAGUAAAAAUUUUUACGAAAGUAACCUCUAUAAAUAACUAGCCGCUCGCUCCAUACAUUCCUUAAAAGAAAGUCUGUUCUCAUAACCUCCGUAAAAAAACAAUGUGCCCGUGCCAAAACUAAUACUGAAAACAACCUCAGUAGAGGAUAGUUAGGAUUCAACAAUAAUUUUCUUUAUUUUAAUAUGUAUUAUUCCGGACAAUUGUAACAUAAGAUAUGUAUCUAUCUCUUAUGUGAAAUAAAGACCAUUUUUAUUAUUAUUACUAUAAGCGUAAUGUUCGAUUCCUUUAUCUGUUUAAGACGGCGAGACUUUUUCACUUUACAUUAGAAAGAGUUUGAAGAUGAUGUUUUUUACGACAUUACUUUUUGAUAGAUAAAAAUUCAUUUUUUUCUCAUUUAGAUCAUCAUUUCUGGUUCUUGGAUACUCGCAUUGAUAAUGAACGUCCCUGAAUUCUGGAAAAAGAUCGAGGGCGGUACUUGCAGUUACGCAUGGACAAAGAAGUGGAUGCCGAAAGCUUACACUUUGAUAUGGCGUGUCUUCUUUGGGCUUUCUUUUAUGCUGAUGACUGGAUUAUACUCCAGGGUUAUUUACACUCUCUGGUUCAAAAAUACCAGUAAUUCCGAAGUCGUAAAUCGACGAAAGGUAUGAUUUGAUUCGCCUUAUGGGCAAUGCCGUUCUUUUACUAGACCUCUGUGUUUCAAUGAAGUAAGCUCUCGCUUACCAUUUUUUAUCCUUCUAUGCAUUACAACAAACAGAUUUACAAGUUUCCGAAUGGAGUGUUUUCACAUGACGUCACGACGGCCAUCGUGGUGUCCCAAACCAAUCCUCUAGGAGUUGAACACUUUUCUUAUACAAACGCUUUCUUUUGUUCCAAUAAAUUUGCAUAGAUGCUGGCCACGUGAGUGAAAAGAGUCUUAAGAUAACUACGCAACAAAAUCAUCAUAAAAACGCAUUUAUCGCAUUUAUCGCAAACGCAUUUAUUUGUCAUUCUGUCAUUAUUACCCUGGUAACAGUAGGGCAGUUUUUCUACAAUUUAUGAUAAAAAAAGAAGAAACAUUAUUACAUUACUGAGUUAACAUUUACCGGUUUAUGUCUUACAGACAACUAUCAAGCAACGCUUACUAACUUAAUAUUUUGUUCCCGUAAAUACGCCUCCCUUCCUGCCAAAAAGCAGGCUAAUAACUUAAAACGGUAUUUCUAUUUAUGUAGGGUGUGGUGAAGGUGCGGAAGCGAGUCACCUUGAUGGUUGUCGCUGUCAGUGCAAUCUUUGGAAUAUGCUGGGGAGCAGACUCAGUGUUUCACAUCUUGGAGGAUUUUUCGUCCAACAACCUCGCUCCCUCUGCAAUUCCCAUUGCUCACACGGCCGUCAUGUUCAAUUCGGCCGUCAACCCGUUUGCAUAUGCUUUGAUAAACCAAAGAUUCAGAAAGAAAAUGAAAGGGAUACUUUGCUGUAGACCACUUUCAUUGGGAGUCAUGGAUACUCAAGGCAAUGAGAUGGCAAACAGAAGUUCGUUUGUACAGAACUUCAAUGUGGCGAAUAAGCUAGAAACCAAUGAACCUUCAAAUAUUAUGAACCAAACAGGCGAAAACGUAGAGGGAAAUGCCAUAAUGUAGGGAACUUACCAGAAAUGCUUGUACAUAUUGCCACUUAUGCCAAAUUUGGAUCCAAAUCCUUCUAAUGAAAAAGUAUUCUAGAAUCAUUCUAUCAAUACCUCUAGAAGAUUAUUGAGAAGGCGUACGUAUCGGGGUUGAGUGCAUGUAGCUGUUACGGUAAACGAUUCACGAUUCGCAAUAUCAUUUAAUGUUGGAGCAUAGCUUAUCACCGAUGUGAUUAGAGAUCUAUAGUGUGGACUAGAACUACAUUUAUUACUUAAAUUACCUACUUAUGAACACGUACGUAUGGAAGCUUACUAAUUGUCUGGAACUGAGGUCUAAGUUACAGUUCGUUUAAUUAAGUGGCCCGUAUAGGAAUAAUUUAGUUUGUUUUCAUAAUUUAUGUAGGUUACGCAUAAUUGAGUCAAGGGGGGAAAACUUCAAUAAAAGCCUUUGCUCCAGUCCUUUCUCCCUUUAUGAUCUUUUCUUUCCCUGUCUCUCCUAAAAAGUCUGAUGCAAAGUCUAGGCAAACCCGAGCUUAUGUCAAAACUAACUAUCCUCGGGUACACCUCUUCCUAUUAGGGACUUUAAUCAAAGAUGGUUUGAGCGACGCAGAUGAACCGGAAGUGAGGUCUUUUCGCUUUUAAUGGACCUCGACUCUACCAUAUUUGCAUUGCUAGGUUAGGCCGAUACACACGAGGGGUUUUGCUCCCGGAGCAUGCUGUGUGCAUACACACGAGGGAGCGUUUUCAAGUAGGUAGCUUGCCCCCAAACAUUUAACCUGUUAAAUAUCGUGGAGCAUUUUGCGGGGUGGAAAUUUUGUUCCCGAGGAUGAAGUAUACCCAUGAAAUCGUUGGUACACACGGAGGAGCUUUGCUCCCAGAGCGUGCCCCUGGAGCAUGCUCCGGGAGCAAAAUCCCUCGUGUGUAUCGGCCUUAAAAACCUCUUUGCUUUGGCUCCCUAUACCGUUGAAACUCAAAACGAAAGGUAUCAAUCGAUUCUGUGGAAAGGAGAACGUAGAUGAUGAUUGUUUGGUAAUUUCGUCAACAUAGUAGGUGAAAUUGAAGAAGUUGGCCCAGCCUUUUCAAGUUACAGUCCAUUUCCAUCCUGAUUAUUGAAUCAAAUUGAUUAAGCAAAAACCUUAGAACUGCGCAGGAGGAAAGCUAGGCCAACAAUGUUAAAUAAAACGCACGGUAAUCUAGUAGAGAAAGACAAAAAAAAGCAUCUCGAGACAGCUGGCGGCUCCAGCAGGCAUAUGCACAAAUUUUCGUAUGUCGUACACAUAUUUCACCUGUACAUGUUUUACACAUAGAGAGAAAUCCUUUUUAAAAAAUUGCGAAUAUAUUAUCCGAAUAGACUUUACUUAAAACGUAUUAAUAUAGGUAAUAGCAUGAUUUGUAGUGAUAUUUGGCAUAAAUACAACGAGUGAUAUUUCAAAAUUGUUACGGCGAGUGAAAAUUUAAGACAAUUUUGAAAUAUCCGAAGUGGUAUUUGAGCCAAAUAUCACGUACAAAUCAUGCUAUUAUUUGUUUAUACUACUGCCCACAAAAGGUUUGUAAUUUUCACAUGUAGGUGUUUCAAAUUAAGCUGAAAUACCACUGCUCUAAGCCAAUCAAAUUGCAGAAAUUUCUCAUGUAGUAGUAUAAAUUACUUAAGGAUAGUUUUGUUGUUGAGGUGUAGAAUAGAAGUGUGGUUUUACCUUUUAUCAGCAGUGGAGACGAGAGGCCCUGGCAAAACUGAGCCCUGCAAAUCCGAGAAAAUUUGUUUGGGAGAGUAAGCCUCAGUUUUUAUCUUAAGAUCAAAAUGAGCGGACGUCCCACCUACCUAAAAGAAGGUUUAGAUCUGCUGCUGGUUAGCUUGAUGUUUAGGUGAUAAAAUUUUAAUCAGAUUCGCUUGUGACCGUAUUACAACAGACAAACCUAGUGGGGGUGUCUAUUGAGGGCGGAGCAAGCUUUCCAAUAGAAGUGCUUGAUAGAUAAUUAGGCCACGAUCAUAUGUUAGCGCGGAACAUUUACCCGCACAAACAAUCUCACGGAUAGAUGCGAUUUCUUCACCUCUCUUGCAAUUUUCUGAGCUGGAAAUCUAAAAAACUAGUGAAGCAAGUUGACCCAACAAGGCGUUUUUAUAAGAACAAGGUAUGCACUAAAGGGUUAACGGUAAAAAUAUAACUGCUGUCCCUCUCUGCCGUUCUAUGCUUUCUAAUAUUCUAUUCAGCUUCAGAAAACUCCUUCUUCACCAAAACUACCAGGCAGCACAGCUACAGAACAAUGAGCACUUACAUUAGUACUUAGGCCUAUUCUCGACCUAUUCGGACGCAUUCGAGUCGUCAUCUAGCAACUUUUAAUACUAACAGAGUAAUUGGUCGUCGUCUUUUAACUAACAGUGCUUGUUUAUGGUUCUAAAGCCAAAAACAACGGUGCAUCAUCGUUCAACAUACAUGUAUAUUGCGUAACAAUGUAGCUUGUUGAACAACAAAGAGUCCAUCUUUAAUCUCGCAAAACAGCGUUGGAAAUUCAGCAUGGCAUGAUGCUCUGUUCAAAAUUUCUUGAAUGGCAGAUCCAAGAUUUUUUGAUCGACAAAUUUGAAAAAAGAGUCAGUGGUUAUUAGCAAGUGCACCAAUUUCUUCAUAAUUUUCACCGUUUUUAGUCUCUAGGUUUUCUACAAGAAUAAAGGUAAACGUACAAAUGCGUUAGAAGUUGUUCGAGCAGAAUUCAUUAGUUUUUUUUUUUUUUGGCAUAUUUCAAGUAAACAGUAAAUACCAAUUUUUUACGUAUCCUAAUUAUAAGCAUUUUUGACGUUAUAAAAUAACUUCGGCCGUUCUAGUUGGUAAAUCAAUGAGCUGAACAUGUUAGAAGCUUCUAGCUGGCCAUAGAAAUUAUUUUAAUUAAACUUUGUUAAACUGAGGCUAAUGAGUACGUACAAAAAAAUUUUUAAAGUUAUUAUUGCGAAAAAUAAUAAAUAGAUAUACGUAAAUGUUUUCUUAAAAUCAAAUACGAGUACGUCAGAGGUAUAACAGUGUUUUAUAUAAUUUGAAACUUUUAAAAAUAGUAUUAAAGAGAGAAAGAACUGCUUCUUAGAACUGCACAACGGGCGACACGAGGGACAAUUUGAUCAGCCAGUGUUGGUGAGUCUUGUUUUCUGCUGAUUUGAACAUCACCUCGAGCUUCAGGAAUGAAUAAUUCACUUAUUAUGUUUUAUUUCCUCCAGCCUCGGGGCCAAGUAUGAAUAUGUCGAAAUUCACGAUAUUUUUUCUCGUUCCCUCGACAUCUCGCGUGGGUUAUUAUGCAUGUAAAACAAUAGAGUAAGUUUGGUAUAUUGCUUAACAAACCCAUGUUUACAGAGCUUUGUUAGCAAUCAGCUAGCACAUUAGAAACUUCACUAAAAAGAUUCCGAAUGAGCAUUUAAAAUAACCCUGUUAUGAUGUUCACAGGUGAAGGAAGUAUCCUCAGACAGCUUUGUUCAAAGCACGCAGGAAGUGAAACGCUUAACACCAAACACUUCAGGUAAUUAUAAAAUUUUACGUUGCCAAAAAAUAGAAGCAACGAGAUAGUUUCUAGCUCAUUUGGUUUUAAAUUAGGCAAUUAGAAAUGGCGGAUGAUAAAGUCUAUUCACGUUAUUUAAUUAGGAAUACAUGGCUUUUGCGUUUCAUAAAAACUAACGAAGUCUAGAACGGCCAAUCAGAAUCAAUCAAACUUGAAUAUGGUCAGAAACGUUUCGUAUAGCCUCAAAUUAUCUAUAUUGAAAAAUCACCCUCACUCAAGCUGUUCAGUGUCAGCAGUUGCUCGUACAGGUGAACUGUGCCAAAAUAGAUCAAAUCUAAUCUGUUUGCCCAGGAAAAUCUUGUGACUGGAUGUUCUGUAAAUAAAGUAAAUGUAAAAUUUUGUGCUGUUGUUAAUCAUCAGCAUCUAGAAUCUGUUAUUUUACCCCAAACCCUACUCAUUAUGUUUUUCCUUUUGACUAAACUCUUCCUUAGAUUCCGCCUCAAUUAAAAAACUAUUAAAACUGUGUUUAGCCCGCACCAUGAGUUGGUUUCCUUCAACAUUCCUUUUUCGAUAUAACCACACCAGUAAAGAUAAAAGUUGGAGCUGAAUUGGCACGAGUAGUUUAGGACGUAAUGAAAAGAGGCAGUUGGUUUACUUUCACGUUCUUGUAAUUCAAUUUGCCAUUUUGAAUCGUACACCUGCUAGCUAGCCUAAAACAGCCAAAAUGUAAUGAUAAAUAGCCGUCAUUUUUGGCUAAUUAUCGGAAGAAAACGCUUUGUGUGACCGUUCCACGAUAAAAUUCAAGAUGGAAAAUAUAUACAAAUCAAUCAACUGAGAAAGGUAAAAUUUUUGUAAAUUGUCUCCUAGAGUAAUUUGGAAUAUCUGUAAGUUUGAUAACGAGAGACGUGUAUGUAAUCAGGACCUUAGAUGCAACGCAUAUUUAAGCACUGUUCUGUUUGAUAUUUAGAGAAUCAAAGGAAGUGUUUUUACGCUUUUGGUAGAAAAUGACAAAAAAAUUGCUUCCUAAGACUGGUUGAUAACCAUUUGACACCACCUGCUGAGAUGUCAUCGUUGCGUACCUUUUUUAACUAAGAAAACUUUAGAACAUCAAAUACGACUUCCCAUGUACCAUAUUUUACUUUACUCUUGAGGGAUUCAUUAGGUUGGUAUGUCAGUGAUAAUUUUUAUUACCGGUUAUGCGCAUUGAUGUUAAUGAGAUGGUGAGUUCUAACCUUGGUGAAUAUAAAGUCACGACUGGUAAACGGAUCGACUUUUUUCCGAGCCGCCUGUGGUAUGAGGAGGCAAAUGUGACAAAAAGAUAACUCUAAUAGAUUACAACUCGUGAUAAUUACUAACAACUUUUAAUACUGAUCGAGUGCCACUCUUCCUUGGUUCAGAGAUUCGAUUUUCAAACUGUUCUAGCAGAGAACGAACACCGAGCACAAGUUCCACCAAUCGUUGAUGUAUUACGAAACCUUUGCUUGCACAAAACAAAUGUCUAUUAUAUUGCUUUCAUUGCAAGUUGUAUUCAAACCACGAAGAGACAGUAUUAUCAAAAGGAUGAACAGCAUCGGCUUUUAAUGCUAAGUCCACUCAACUUUUUUUGUGUUAUUGUGUUUAGUUAUGUCAGACGCCACUGGAGUUGCCGUGACAGUAGUGACAUCCAUACUCAUCAUCGUAUGCAUUGUUGGAAAUACUCUGGUUUGCGCUGUCAUUAAGAAAAAUCGAGAUAUGAGGUAAAGCCAUCAUUUGGGGGGGGGGGGGGGGGCAAGGUAUGUUUUUUGGUUGUGGACUGGCGGAGGCACUCGGGGUUGGAGGGGAGAGAGGUGAUCGUCCGUCUCUCUUUGUGGUAUGUUGUAUGAAACUGGGGUGUUGGUGUGUUUAUGAAAAAAAGAGGGGGGAGGGGGUAAAAGCUGGGGGGGGGGGGGGGGGGGGGGGGAGCAAGUGUACGCUCAUCUACAAAAUUUCUUGUCUUUGCGGCAGUAUAUCUGCAUCACUUUCGAAAUUGGCAAAUUUACAAGCUAAAAAUCGCUCUUUUCGGUAUCACCGAUGGAUAAAAAUCUGGAAGGAGAAAUUUGCGUAGCAUUAACCAUAAUUAACUGAAUAAAUGGUUACAUCAGAAUUUACUUUUUAACUUACUUACAAUUCCAUAUUUGCGUUAACUUCAAUGAAGGUAGUCGACUAUUCACAUCUCUACAGUUUCAUGUAAUAGCGUCGUUCUUGUAUUUGAAGCAAAGAUGACUGGAGGACACCAGUGAAUUGAGACUGGACCAACGCCUGGGUAUUCUUGCAAGGUCUUUACCCUCAGGGUGCUAAUUGAAUAUCUGUCUGCUUUUCUGCUUUGUAGGAUUCCCAUUAACUACCUCCUCUUGAACAUGGCAGUGGCCGAUAUUUUAUACUCUACAUUUCUGAUACCAGAGCUUAUCUCGACACACAGUCCUUCCCACCCACAAGGCUUGGUUGGCAGAAUUUUAUGUUCACUCUUAACAAAAGGAAACUUGGCGUGGCUAGGGGCGGGUUCCUCCAUCUUUAGUCUGGUAGCCAUUGCUGCGGAACGUUAUUACGCUGUCACAUAUCCACUUGAGAAUAGAGGAAAACUUACCUCGAGUAAACUUAAGGUCUGUAUCCGUGCUGUAAACAACAAUAAUCCUAACAAGUUAUUUUAAACUAUUUUUGUGAGCCGAUAAGAUACUCGCGAAUCUCUAUACAAGUAUUCACCUUCCUUAAUUAAAGAUCAUAGCCACAGCUGAUUGUCAAAAUAUAUAAUUCUUUGCAAAAUGAAAAGAUUUCAAGGGUGAAUUGCAUUAAAAAUGUGGCUGACCUUACUGCUAACGUAUUGCCUGUCCAAGAAAGUGUUUGACUGGGCUUAACGUCUAACGUGACCUGUUGCGUUAACCUGUAAUUGACCUCUAGGCAACUGGGCCCAGUGUUUCAGCAGGUAUUUAACUCUGCUUAGACAAAAUUCUAUACAUUUUCAAUUCCAGAUUAUUAUUGCUGCGUCUUGGAUAUGUCCGUUGGUUCUUGACUUUCCAAUGUUGCUAGUAACUGAUUUUCACAAAAAGAAAGGCCACAACUUUUGCACGCAUGCAUGGCCAGAGAAGUGGAUGAGCCAAGUUUAUACAUCUACGUGGCGUGUCUACCUAGGUCUCUCCUUCACACUCUUGGUGGUGUUUUACUCGAGAGUCGUGUACUGCUUAUGGUUUAAAAGAAAUGACGAUAAUGUACUCACGGAACAACAAAAGGUAUUUAGCAAAUCUUUGAUAAAAUGCUGAAACAAUUUCUAUAUCAUUUUUAUAUAUAAUUUUUUUCCCUAAACUAGUGAACAGCACUCUGGGAACUCUAGCUGCAAAACCUGUUUACUGUUCUACGUGUUUUGUUAGCGUUUCAUCUUCCUCAGGGAGUUUUCUUCCAAACAAUUUAAAAACGUUAACAGUAAAAAUUAACAUGCUGCUAAGGAAAAAAAUGCUUUUAAUAACGACAACCAUCUUAGCAGAAUUAUGUCAACUUUAUGGACCGAAAUGUUCACGCUCCCCAAAGACCGGAAUACCAAACAUUUCGAGUUUGAAAAUUAGCAGCUGUUGUCCAUUAGGAACAAAUCUUAGCAGCUUAAACAAUCUAAACUUAUACAGUGAAGUUCCAUUGUUGCAGUGACCAAGGACUUCAGUGGACUCAUCUCGUUAGCUAAGCCAGCCCUAAAAGAACGACAUUCAUAACUACUCUAAUAUCAUGGGUGACGUCUUGAUCCUAAUUUUGGUGCGACUUUUUAGCAUUAAUUUAUAAUUUCACAUGGGAAAUUACAAAAUUGCCAUGGCAACCUUCGGUAAGUCUAAGAACCACAAUGGCGACCAAGUUUUAAAAUGAUGUGAAUAAGAUGUCACGACAUUAAAAAAACCCUUUAGACAACCUAAACACAUGAAAGAGCACAUCAAGGAUUCUCAGAGGAAUUUUGCGAACAAAUUCCGAACUUAGCCAAAUUUAAGCUCUAAACUUUUGCGUGGAGUUCUCGAUCUCGAUCGGUAAAACCAGGAUAAAUAUGUUAAAAAUCCACGAUUUCGAACGUAAUUCGUCACUCAUGAUAUUAAUAGGUAAUCAAAUGGUAUACUCGUGAAAUUAGAUAAAGGGGUUCGGGAAAUUAUUAGGAUUUGGACAAAACCCGCACGAAAUUAUUUCAUUCGUCACCAUUUGACUACAGAUACUAAUUUACAAAGGCUCUCUCUAACGAGUUCCUCUCCUUGUACAUAGGGAGUUUUGAGGGUACGAAAGCGAGUGACCUUAAUGGUUUUGACCGUCAGUGCCAUAUUUGGAAUCUGCUGGGGUAUAGAAUCGGCAUUCCACAUCGUAGAUGAUUUUGCUUCCAAGCUCAGUCCAGUCUAUUUCCUUAUCUCUCACACAAUGGUCACCUUCAAUUCCGCGGUCAAUCCGUUUGCGUAUGCCCUGAUAAAUCAACGAUUCAGGGAGAAAAUGAAGAGAAUGGUAUGCCACUUAAGUUCCUCAGACGAGAAGCCCUCUCUCUCCAGGGAGCGGAAGGAGAUGGAUACCUGUAUU